AUGACCCCACCCUUCCUCCCAACAUCCCUCAUUUCAGCCAUCCUCGGCAUCACCGCCCACCUAACAUACUUCAUCCACGCCGACCUCGAGAAGCACGUCGUCUUCCUGGCCAACUGCCUCAUCUUCUGGCCCUUAGUCGGUCUAAUAGCCCUCUGUAUCCUGGGCUAUAGAGAUAUUUCCCAAUGGAUCGGACCAGCAAUACUGAGCUUUCACUUCUCGCUGUUAGCUUCCAUAGCCAUUUACCGAUACUUCUUCCACGCGCUGGACGGGUUUCCAGGUCCAAAGCUGGCAAGGAUUACAGCGCUGUGGGAUUUCAAGAAUACAGUGCUGGAUGCGAAAUGGUAUAUCAAGGUGAAGGAAUUGCAUGGGGUGUAUGGGGAUGUUGUUCGGAUCAAACCUAGGGAAUUAUCCAUCAACGACCCAUCUGCGGUCAAAGAUAUCUACGGCUUGGGGACCACAUGCGUCAAGGGACCGUUCUACGAUCUACAUUAUCCGCAUCGAUCGUUGCAAAUGGCGAGGGAUAAGGCGUUUCAUUCGAAGAGGAGGAGAUUGUGGGAUCGCGGGUUUACGUCGAAAGCACUCGCUGGCUACGAACCGUAUCUUCUGGAGCACUGCAAAGAUAUAGUCCGGGUUAUUGGAUCGCGAUCAUCGCAAGCACAGGAGGCGACGGCACUAAUUGACGGCUUUGCGUGGGACUCGAUGGGGAUAUUUGCGUUUGGGAAAUCGUUCAAUAUGCUGCAUGGGGAACCGCCGAAGAUGCUGCAGAUGAUGAGGAUGAUGGGGCGCGGGGCGAGUGCCUUAUUGAGUUCGAGCUGGCUGGUUAUACUCAUGAGGGGGAUGGUGGGAGUGAGGCGGUUUACGGAUAGAUGGUUGGAGUGGUGUGCACAGUGUGUGGAGGAGAGGAGUAGGGUCGAAACUGAUCGCCGGGAUCUCUUCAGCUACUUGAUCGAAGAGUCAAGCUCUGAGGGAGACCAGUCCAUAGGUGGUGUUGAUGGGGAUCUUGUUCGCGAUUCAGAGCUCGCUAUUACGGCUGGCAGCGAUACUGCUGCUAGCACCCUUAAUGCUCUGUUCUAUCUCCUGGCGCGACAUCCGGAGAAGCUGCGUCGGCUGCAGGAGGAAAUAGACUCUGCUGUUCCAGCGGGUGAGGAGCUGUCUCAUGCGGCGUUGGUGAAGAAGCCGUACCUGGAGGGGUGUAUAAACGAGAGUCUGCGUCUUUGUCCGGCUGUUUUGAGCGGAUUGCAGCGUGAGACAGGACCGGAAGGGCUCCGAACAGCGGGAGUCUAUAUUCCUCCAGGGAUGAUAGUGUCUGUACCGACAUAUACGGUUCAACGAGACCAGCGCAACUUCCCCCGUCCAGGCGAGUUCAUCCCAGAAAGAUGGUCCACCCAGCCAGAGCUAGUCAUUCAUAAAGAAGCACUCAACGCGUUCUCGAGCGGCACGUACUCCUGUGCGGGAAAGGCAUUUGCGAUGAUGGAGAUGCGACUGCUCGUUUCCACGAUUGGGAAGGACAAGAACCGCUAG